AGGAGGGUGCAGAUUGAGAUUCCCAUUUUACAGUCGAGGGACUUGAGGACCCUAGCAUCCUGAGAUAUUUUUGGAUUCAUAGCCCUUAAGAGUGACCUGGCCAGAGGUCAUCAUGUCAAAGCUGAAAAGCUCAGAAUCAGUCCGGGUGGUGGUUCGCUGUAGGCCCAUGAAUGGCAAGGAAAAGGCUGCUUCAUAUGACAAGGUGGUGGAUGUGGACGUGAAGCUAGGGCAGGUGUCUGUCAAGAACCCCAAGGGAGUGGCCCACGAAAUGCCCAAGACCUUCACUUUUGAUGCUGUCUACGACUGGAAUGCGAAACAGUUUGAACUCUAUGAUGAGACCUUCAGACCGCUGGUGGACUCUGUCCUUCAGGGUUUCAAUGGGACAAUUUUUGCCUAUGGACAGACGGGGACUGGGAAAACCUACACGAUGGAAGGAGUCCGGGGCGACCCUGAAAAAAGAGGGGUCAUCCCUAACUCGUUUGAUCACAUCUUCACCCAUAUCUCUCGAUCCCAGAAUCAACAGUACUUGGUCAGGGCUUCUUACUUGGAGAUCUACCAGGAGGAGAUCCGAGACCUGCUCUCCAAGGAUCAGACCAAAAGGCUUGAGCUCAAAGAGAGGCCUGACACCGGGGUGUACGUGAAAGACUUGUCUUCCUUCGUUACCAAGAGCGUGAAGGAAAUAGAGCAUGUGAUGAACGUGGGGAACCAGAACCGUUCUGUUGGGGCCACCAACAUGAAUGAGCACAGUUCCCGUUCACAUGCAAUUUUCGUCAUCACCAUCGAAUGCAGUGAGGUGGGCCUCGACGGUGAAAACCACAUCCGGGUAGGGAAACUGAACCUUGUAGAUCUUGCUGGCAGUGAACGGCAGGCCAAGACUGGUGCGCAAGGGGAAAGAUUGAAGGAGGCAACCAAGAUCAACCUGUCCCUUUCGGCCUUGGGUAAUGUCAUUUCUGCCCUGGUAGAUGGAAAAAGCACCCAUAUUCCAUAUCGGGACUCCAAGCUUACCAGGCUCCUCCAGGAUUCUCUUGGUGGCAAUGCUAAAACUGUGAUGGUGGCCAACGUGGGGCCCGCCUCUUACAACGUAGAAGAGACCCUAACCACUCUAAGAUAUGCCAACCGUGCCAAAAACAUUAAGAACAAGCCAAGGGUCAACGAGGACCCUAAGGACGCCCUUCUUCGAGAAUUCCAGGAAGAGAUUGCUCGGCUCAAAGCCCAGUUAGAGAAACGGUCCAUUGGCAGAAGGAAGAGGCGAGAGAAGCGGAGGGGGGUUGGGGGUGGGGAAGAGGAGGAGGAGGAGGGAGAAGAGGGGGAGGAGGAAGGGGAUGACAAGGAUGAUUAUUGGCGGGAACAGCAAGAGAAACUGGAGAUCGAGAAGCGGGCCAUUGUUGAGGACCACAGCUUGGUUGCAGAGGAAAAGAAGAGGCUGCUGAAGGAGAAGGAGAAAAAGAUGGAGGAUCUGCGGCGGGAGAAGGAUGCUGCUGAGGUGCUCGGGGCCAAAAUCAAGGCUAUGGAGAGUAAGCUGCUUGUUGGAGGAAAAAAUAUAGUAGAUCAUACAAAUGAACAGCAGAAAAUCCUGGAGCAGAAACGGCAGGAAAUUGCAGAACAGAAACGUCGAGAAAGAGAAAUCCAGCAGCAGAUGGAAAGCCGAGACGAGGAGACCUUAGAACUGAAGGAGACAUACAGCUCAUUGCAGCAAGAGGUGGACAUCAAGACCAAGAAACUCAAAAAGCUCUUCUCUAAGCUUCAGGCAGUCAAGGCAGAGAUCCAUGACCUCCAAGAAGAGCACAUCAAGGAGCGGCAGGAGCUGGAGCAGACCCAAAAUGAGCUCACCAGGGAGCUGAAACUCAAGCAUCUUAUUAUAGAAAACUUCAUUCCCCUGGAAGAAAAAAGUAAAAUUAUGAAUAGAUCCUUCUUUGAUGAAGAGGAAGAUCAUUGGAAAUUACAUCCUAUAACCAGACUGGAGAACCAGCAGAUGAUGAAAAGGCCAGUCUCAGCUGUGGGAUACAGGAGACCGUUGAGCCAGCACGCAAGAAUGUCCAUGAUGGUUCGUCCAGACGUUCGAUACAGGGCAGAAAACAUCAUGCUGCUGGAGCUGGACAUGCCCAGUCGGACCACCAGAGACUACGAGGGCCCCGCCAUCGCCCCCAAGGUCCAGGCCGCAUUGGAUGCGGCUCUACAGGAUGAAGAUGAGAUACAGGUGGAUGCGUCAUCCUUUGAAAGCACUGCACAUAAGAAAACCAAGGCCAGGCCUAAAAGUGGAAGGAAGUCGGGCUCCUCCUCUUCCUCAGGAACCCCCGCAUCUCAGCUUUAUCCACAGCCUCGGGGGCUAGUUCCAAAGUAAAGCCACUUCCCCUCUCCCAGGUUACAAACAGCCUUGCCUUCUGGGAGAAGAGACAAGCAAAAACCUGCAGAGAGGACUUGACCCCAAACUCAGAACCAUUCCCCUGGGGAGAAGCAAUGGCCUCUUUGCCGAUGAACCAACUUAAUCUGGUUGAACAGGCUGGUCGUAAGAUGGCACUCAGCUCCUCUGGGACUUGUCCUUUAAUUAGCAUCUCAGAACUGCCUGGAUAAGGUAAAGUGUGAUAGCCAGAGUGGAAAGCAAGAGAGUGACCGGUGACCUUGCUUCCCUUCUCCCUUGCCACCUCCUCUCCUUUUUCUUGCUGUCCCAUCCUCUCCCCUCUACUUUUCUAGCCUGUUCUUUAUACUGGGCUCCCUUCUUGUUGAACAAUAGGGCAAAAUCAGGAGUCACCUCAG